GUCCCUACACAGAGCCAUAGCACAGAGCUCAUUGUUAGUGCAUUGCGUUGAAAGCUGGAAGGGGCAGCAGAGUACCUCACGUAAACGUUAAGAAGUAUUACUCCAUAGUGAUGAACAGGAUUCGGAUCCACGUUCUGCCAUCCAGCAGAGGUCGAGUGACUCAAGCUGCUCGCUCUCAAGAACCUCAGACCUGCUCCUUCACCCAGAGACCCUGUUCACAGCCUCGUCUGGAGGGCCUGGAGUUCUGCAUCAAACAUGUUCUUGAAGAUAAAAAUGCUCCAUACAGGCAAUGCAGCUAUGUUUCCAACAAGAAUGGCAAGCGCUGCCCCAAUGCAGCUCCAAAACCAGAGAAAAAAGAGGGGGUUUCAUUCUGUGCUGAGCAUGCACGCAGAAAUGCUUUGGUUCAACAAGCCCAAAUGCGGAAGGCAUCUGCUUCUGGCCCUUCCCCUGAAGUUCUACUGUCUCAGCUCAGCGGCUAUAGUCGGCCAGAAUCUGGAGCUCACAGUCACGAGGGCCGAAGUGAAGCUAGUCGCAUACUAGAUGAAGAUAGCUGGAGUGAGGAGGAGCAGGAUCCAAUUGUUUUGGAUCAGACAUGGAGAGGAGACCCUGACAGUGAUGCUGAAAGUCUUGAUAGUGACCAUGAAGACCCUUUGAAGCAUGCAGGUGUUUACACAGCAGAGGAAGUGGCGCUCAUCACACGUGAAAAACUAAUCAGACUUCAGUCCCUCUACAUAGACCAAUUCAAACGUCUGCAACACUUAUUAAAAGAAAAGAAACGACGCUACCUGCAUAGCCGCAAGAUUGAGCAUGAGACAAUUGGGAGCAGCCUGUUAACGGGUCCAGAGGGCCUGUCCAUGAAGGAACGAGAGAACCUAAAAAAAUUAAAGGCUCUGCGACGUUAUCGACGGCGAUAUGGGGUGGAGGCGUUGCUGCAUCGUCAGCUCAGAGAGCGAAGACAAGCGAUUACUGAGGGAGGCACGCCACAGGCGAUGCGUUUAGGCCAGAGAUGUAUUUCCUUUGUGGAAGGGACACGCUGUUCAAAUCAGUGUCUGCCGAUGACUCGACAUUGCGUCUCUCACAUUUACCAAGAUAGUGGCCAAGUUUUAUUCAAGAUGUGCCCUGGUCUGAAGGACGUUCCAUGUGAUCGGCCUGUGCACAUGGGACAGUCUGAGGAGCCCCGCUGUCCUCUGCACCUGUCUCUGCCUCCACCCAUGUACCAGCCCGAGCAGGAGUCUCUUGCCCCGGAGCAGUUGGCGUCUGCGCCCACAGACAUGUACCUCAGUGCUGCAGAGCUCCAGCCAACAGAAAAUCUGCCUCUGGAAUUCAGUGAUGAUCUUGAUGUUGAAGAUGAGGGAUUGCAGUGUCCCCCAUCCCCCUUGCUGUUUGAUACAGCGCUCGCAUUAGAGGACCAAACCAUCAGGGAGAUUGCCGAGGCCCCCAUGGACAUCCUGACAGGGACGGAGCAUGGGUAUCUAGACGGAUCUGCCCAAGAUGUUGAGCUCUCAGAGAGAGACAAGGUGUCUGUGGAAGAUGAGGUUGAAUCGGAAAUACUUGAAGCAGUUGGACAAGUGGUUCCCAUGCUGAAUUCAUCAAAGGAUUCUAACACUAAAACAACAGAUGCCUUAUCCUGAGCACCUUGUGACCUGAUUUUCUCAGCUGUUGUACCCUUGAUAUUUCAAACAGUUCAAAUAUCUAUUUAAAAGCCAUAUUCCGGAAGUCUGCUUUCAUCCCAAUUUAACCCAACAUGCUCUUUACUUAAAAUAGCACAAUGGCACAUGUCCUGAUAUAGAUUGCAAGUGUCUUCUGCACAUCAGUGACAGUAUAUGCACAUAGUUUUGUAUUUUAAGUACAGAAAGUCUCCAUGCGCGAUCUCCAUUUUUAUCCAGCACAUUUCUGCUUUGAUAUUCAUGACUCAUACUGGGAUUUGUUCACUAAAAUAAACCUUUACAUCUCA